AUGGAGAGCGAGUCCGGGGCACAAACAUCAAAUCAGACGCAAACAGAUUCAUUGUCUCCAUCCCCCAAUCCUGUGUCACCUGUGCCUUUGAAUAACCCAGCAAGUGCCCCAAGAUAUGGAACUGUGAUCCCUAAUCGCAUCUUUGUAGGAGGAAUUGACUUUAAGACAAAUGAAAAUGAUUUGAGAAAAUUUUUUUCCCAAUAUGGGUCUGUAAAGGAAGUGAAGAUUGUAAAUGACAGAGCUGGAGUGUCCAAAGGGUAUGGUUUUGUCACUUUUGAAACCCAAGAAGAUGCACAAAAAAUUUUACAAGAGGCUGAGAAACUUAAUUAUAAGGAUAAGAAAUUGAACAUUGGUCCAGCAAUAAGAAAACAACAAGUAGGGAUUCCUCGUUCUAGUAUAAUGCCAGCUGCUGGAACUAUGUAUUUAACAACUUCAACUGGAUAUCCUUACACUUACCACAAUGGUGUUGCUUAUUUUCAUACUCCAGAGGUAACUUCCGUUCCACCACCGUGGCCCUCACGUUCCAUAUCUAGUUCUCCUGUGAUGGUAGCUCAGCCAGUUUAUCAGCAGCCUGCUUAUCACUACCAGGCCCCAGCACAGUGUCUCCCAGGACAAUGGCAGUGGGGUGUUCCUCAGUCUCCUGCCUCGUCUACUCCAUUCUUAUACCUGCAACCUUCUGAAGUUAUUUAUCAGCCAGUGGAAAUUGCACAAGAUGGUGGAUGUGUUCCUCCUCCACUGUCUCUGAUGGAAGCUUCAGUUCCAGAGCCUUAUUCUGAUCAUGGAGUUCAAGCAACAUAUCACCAGGUUUAUGCACCAAGUGCCAUUGCUAUGCCUGCACCUGUGAUGCAACCUGAACCAAUUAAAGAACCAAGGUUACAUUCUGUGAGAAGAAGCUGUUCUCAGCCUUCAUCUAUAGGUUUGAACCUCGAUAUUCUCGAAGCCCACACUUUCAACCUAGAAAUGAUUUCAGAGCAGAGGAUUCAAUUCUUACUCAACCUCCCUCUACUGACUUUGUUAAGUAGAAUCUUUGUUAAGAAUAAUUAUUUUGUCCAACAAUAGAAAAUAACCCCGUAUGUGGUCUAGUAACAAACGAGGGUUUGGGAUAUACUUAAAGUUAAGUG